AUGUCAGUACCAUCAAGAAAUUCAAAAAGAAAUCACACGACCUCAAUCAAUCAAAAUCUUCCAGGUCCAGCCAGCUAUGAACCCAAAAUAGAAGUCUCACAUACCAACGCUCCGAAAUGGACUAUGAGUGGAACUUACUCCAGAGAAAUCCCCAUUAUUAAAAACCUUCCAGGCCCAGGUCAAUAUGACCCUCGAUUACCAUCGUCAUAGAGAAAAACUUUGAUUUACGGCAAAGCCUAUUAAAAAGACAAAGAAUCAUAACAAAAACCAGGCCCAGGAGCAUACAAGGUUGAAAUCUCACAGCUCUCCAGAAUAGGAUUCAAAAUAGGCAGUGAGAAAAGGUAUAAGGAAGAAAAGAAAUUAUCCCCAGGACCUGGAGAUUAUCAGGUUGAAGUCAAGAAUCAUGUUCAAUCAUACAUAAUUGGUUAAUAAACAAGAUCAGGAAAAAUCUAUAGCAAUCAUGUAGGUCCUGGAUAAUAUGAAAUUCCUUCCUUAUUAAAAACUGAUGGAGGAUUUAAGAUGGUUCCUCGCAGAGAGAAAACUCUAUCAAUGAUCACUCCUGGUCCUGAUGCAUACGAACAACUCAGGUAAGAAAGAGUAAAAUCAUUUAAAAUUGGGACAAGCAAAAGAGAAGGCAUUUUUUAAAAGUCCGUUUCUCCAGGUCCUGGCAACUACGAGGUCUAAGCAAUCAAAGAGAGUGUUGCCUACUCAAUAGGCAAAAAACAACGAUAAGAUACAAAACUUGAUGCACUUCCAGGACCAGGAAGUUAUUAACCAAUUAAACCUAGCACUGCUCCCAAAUACUCAAUCUAUCAGAGAUAUAGAGAAAAGACUGAAGCUUCAGGUCCAGGACCUUAAUCUUAUACUAUUGGAGAGUUUCGAGAAACUAAAAGCAUAAUAUUUUGUCAGGCUAAAAGAGAUAGUUACAAUAGGAUAUAAAUACCUGGACCAGGGGAGUAUGAAACAGAAUUAAAAAUUAAGAAGCCUCAAGUGAGUAUUGUAUUUGGAAGUGAGAAAAGAUCACAGAGUUGCUCCGAAAAUACGAAAAUGCCUGGACCAGGUGCGUAUGAUAUAGCAUCCACUUUUUAUGUGAAAAAGAAAUGA